AUGGUUAAACACACUCGAAUAAUAUCAAACACUUACGAAGAUCCGAAGAUCUCCGGUGAUCGAAAUGUUAAUCCAUUCGGAUUCGUCGUUGGCCCAGGUCAGCGAAUUAACAAUAAUCCAAUCACGGUUGUCCUGAGGUCUUCUUCUGAACAGUUCUCACUUAUACUGGAGUCCGAAGAUGAUCUGAAAUGCUUUGGUACCAGAGACGAGGGCCACUCUGCGGUCGUCUUCGAGCAAAUCGUACUUCGGACCGCAUCGCAGUCUCUGCAGGCUAAACGUUGCAUGAGUUCUUGUGAACAAUCUUGGGACAAAAGUGCUCCCCAACUAGGAAGGGCCGGGACACAAAUCACUACCACCAAUGGUUCCUACGCGGCGCCAGAUCGUCCAUCAAUGACAACGCACACACUGCGGCAUUCCGAUCGGGUUAGAAAAGUUGCUUUCAUCCGCAGCUGGCGUACGAAUACCGUCGGCGUUUGA